AUGUCGCAUACUAAUCCAGGCAUCCCGCUUCUAAAAGAUCUCACAACCGAAAACAUUACCGAAAAUGUCGUGGCUAUCAACUCUAACUGCCAAGAUCCCCGAACACGCUUUCUUUUUGAGAGGCUAGUUCAUCAUCUCCAUGACUUUGCGCGUGAGACCCGUCUUAGCACCGCCGAGUGGGAGAGAGCUGUUCAGUUUCUCACCAGAACUGGAAAGAUUUGCACCGACACCCGACAAGAAUUCAUUCUUUUAUCUGAUGUCCUAGGACUGUCCCUUCUGGUAGAUUCAAUCGAUCACCCUAAACCAGCUACAUCUACUGAGGGUACUGUUCUUGGCCCCUUCCAUGCACACGGGGCUGAGAAUCUUGCUUCCGGAGACACUAUUUCUCAUGAUCCUGAUGGAGAACCACUCUUGGUUGUGUGUAAAGUACGAGACUCUCAAGGUAACCCACUAGAAGACGUCGAGGUUGAUAUCUGGGAGACCGACUCCAAGGGUUUCUAUGAUGUGCAAUAUGCAGACCGGGAAGGCUUCGAUAACAGAGCUACACUACAUAGCGACAGUGAAGGGAACUUAGAUUUCAAGGCCAUUGUGCCUGUCCCUUAUCCAAUCCCCGGCGACGGGCCUGUCGGAGAUCUUCUGAAGGCUCUGAACCGACAUAUCUACCGCCCAAGCCACAUGCACUUCAAAUUCAAGAAGGCUGGAUAUGACCCUCUAAUAACGGCACUUUAUAUUCGUGGAGACCCGUACGAGACCUCUGAUGCCGUCUUUGGUGUCAAGGAGUCUCUCAUUGUGGAUCUGGGAACUGUAUCUGAGGUGUCGGGACUCUCGGAAAAAUAUGGAGUACCAGGAACCACAAAACUGCUGAGCUAUGACUUUUCACUGGUUUCGGAAGCCGAGGUUGGGACGUUACGGCAUGAAGAGGCAGUAAAGUCGGCUGUUAAUCUUGACAAUGAUGUUAAAGUAGUUGAUGGUAUAAUCACCUAUUGA